AUGGUCAAAGUGUCUUGUAAGCGAUGCAAAUCUCAUCCUGUCUAUCUUCCUCAAUUGAUUACGUCACCCUUACCCCAGAUGUCUCGCACCCUCAGUAGAAAAGCCCUUGUAGGUUACUUGCGUCGGUUGGUUUUGAAUAACUAUGGAUGGGAAUCCACCCAUAUUGAUUCGCGCAUUGACUUGGAACUGAAGGAUAUUGUUCUUAAUCAACUGGUGAAUCUAGAACUGUAUUUAAAUGAGGAGUCGAUGAAUCUUAUCAUUUUAUUUUUUGCCAGGCUGCAGGAGUUGGACAUGUUGGCCAUCACCUUGACGAAAUUCGAAUCCUUGGGGAUCUUUCCGAAUACAGAGACUUUUAAUACGAUUUUUUGGUGUCUAUGGAAGCUGUUUUCCGCUGAAAAGUUGCCAGAGACGGUUAAAUACCGGUACAUAGUUCCGGUAAUUCAUAAGAUGCGGCUCAAUUAUCAUCUAGCAUUUAAUAAUGGCACUUUUCAAAUGCUUCUUCCAUUGAUAUCUGCCGCGGAUAAACGUCUGGAGCUUAUCCGUUUGAUGUCUUUCGAGGGACUUGAUCUAAAAUUGCAUAUUUCAGAGGUUUCCGAGGCAUUAUACGAAGAAUAUGGCCAGCCAGAGCAGUUUGACGACUUUGUUACGCAUGUCGAAAAAAUCGUUCUACAGGAAGGGGCCCAAUUUAAUCACCGGCAGAGGCAGAAGGUACUAAAAUCGGUCAUGAAAGUUUGUCUACAAUCUUCAAAGUUGAAUAAAGCUAUGACAAUAGCUUGUCAUAACGAAGAGUUAGUUUCCAGUCGAAUCAUAAGCAUGCUAAAUGAGUAUUUUGUCACUCAAAAGCAAUACUGGCACUGUAUAGCAUGUACUAAUUGGUACAUCAAAAUGAGAGAGAAGUCAGAAAAUGCAUCGUUAUCUAUUCAACGAAUCUCGCAAGUCCUCUUUCCGAUUCUUAUCAGAUCUGGAAAAUUUGCCGCUAGCGGAUACUUCUUACCAUUCCUCAAUAAUUUGUGUACACGUGAGGCAAAGUUAUAUUUGGACGAGACUACACGAGCCCAAAUUGAGCUCAGCCUCACUUCAAACUCGGAAAACAUCGGAACAAUAUUUGAAAAGGACUCCGGCAUCCGUGAUGAAAUAACGGCAAAUCUGAUAUGGGUAGAUCCUUCUAAUCCGGAUAAUAGUUUCCGGCACGAAAAUUUUAUUCUGGCUGCUAAACUAUUAGGGUUCAAAGUUGAAGCCUUCAAAGAUGAUAGUGAAUAUGUUGCUGAGCAGGAUAAGAAAAACGCCGAAAAUGCCGAUUAUGGUGCAGAGUUGUACGCUGGAAGUAUGAUGAGAAAGCCUUCAGAUUUAGAGGGGGCUACAAGUUUAAUUCUGGCUGUCUCUGCUGUCUCAGAGAAGAGAGCAACCAUCAAGCCUCCUGAUACGGGAGAAUUCUGUAAGCAAGACAUGCUUGAUGUUCCUCCAGACGGAACAUUUUGGGGAUGGACAACUUGCAUCUGUGUGAUGCUCAUCAAUACAUUUAGUUGGGGUACAAACACUGUUUAUGGUGUGUUUCUUGACUAUUACGUCAGUACAAACCAUUUUCCCGAAGCUAAUAUGGAGGAAUACGCUCUUAUUGGAGGUCUCUGUCUUGGUUUUUCAUUCAUGCUUAUCAGUGUUGCAAACACUUUGAUUAGAAGAUUUCAUUACAAAUUGGUGAUGAGUUUUGGUGCUAUGCUUAUUGUCAUUUGCUUCUGUGCAGCUUCGGUCGCUAAAACCAUUACUCAACUUAUCAUGCUUCAAGGUUUUCUCAUGUCCAUAGGUUUUGCUCUUACUGCAGGUCCUACAUUUGUCAUGAUUCCUUCUUGGUUCCUCAAAAAGAGAUCUGUCGCCCAAGGUAUUGGUGCAGCAGGUGUUGGCUUGGCAGGAGUUAUUUUCAGUAAGCCUGUUCAAGUGAUGAUUGAAACUGAUGGUGAUUAUCAAUGGGCCCUCAGAAUGAUGGGAAUCAUUUGUGGUGUUAUGUUGGCCAUCUCCAUUGCAUUAAUCAGAACUAGAAGACCUCUUCAGGUCAAGAAUGACUCUUUGCUUAAGACGAUAUGGCACAAUUGCACUCGAUGGGACAUUUAUCUUCGUGCUCCAAUGGCCUGUGUCAUCAUGUGGAAUUUCAUAUAUGGUUUGGCCUUUGCUGUGCUUCUUUUCUCGUUUUCCUCCUACAGUACUUCCAUUGGUCUAACUCAGUCCCAAGGUUCCAUGGUGACAUUGGUGGAAAGUAUCGCACAGACUGUUGGGAGACCCAUUCUUGGCUUACUGUCCGAUCGUUAUGGAAGAGCCAACACUACAAUCCUUGUCACCACCUUUUUGGGAAUUAUCUGUUUAUGUUGGUGGACUUUCGUCAAAAGUUAUGCCAAUCUACUCAUUUUUGGCUUCGUGGCCGGUUUCUUUAUGGGCAUAAAUUGGGUCAACUUUUCUCCAUUAAGUGCAGACGUUGUUGGAGGUGGUGAUGAUUUAUUGGCUGCCAUUUCUAUGCUUACAUUUUUGGGAGGUAUGCCUCAGGUUGUGGCUGAAAUUAUAGGUCUUAAAUUGAAAAGACCCGGAAUGACUCAGCCUUUCCUUUACUGUCAGAUACUCGUGGGAGUUGCCUGCUUGGUUAGUGCCGCUAUUUUGCUACCAUUCCGAGAAUGGAAGAUUAAAAAGAUUCUUUCAGCUAGAGAGAAGUGUAUUUUGGCCAAGGAUCCCAUUCUCAGGACAGAGAAAGAUGAACUUCGUUUGGACAGAUAUAAGUUAAUUCUUCAGUCUACCUUCAAGGGCAGGGUCAUUAGAGCUUUCUAUCCAGUUAGAGCAUGA